AUGAAGGUCGCUUCUUCGGCGCUCAGCGUCUUGAGCGCCUCGGCUCUGUUGCUGUCUGGUGCAGGCGCCAUUGAGCUGAACAUAGAUGAUCCAGCCUCUAUUAAGAAGGCUGCGGGCGUUGCUGCGGCGGGUAUGCGCAAACUGUACACGGGCGACAACCCUGGUGAUGUUCCGGGCAAUCUACCAGACCCAUACUAUUGGUGGGAGGCCGGUGCCAUGUUCGGUGCCUUCAUUGACUACUGGUAUUACACGGGCGACGACCAAUACAACAACAUCACUGCGCAGGCUAUGCAGCACCAGAUCGGACAGUACAACGCUUUCAUGCCGGGCAACCAGAGUAAGUCGCUAGGCAACGAUGAUCAAGCCUUCUGGGGCAUGGCUGCUAUGUCCGCGGCAGAGAACAACCUACCUGAUCUGCCCACUUCCGGUGACUUGGCAGGGCCCUCGUGGCUGGCACUUGCACAGGCCGUGUUCAACACUCAGGCGGGCCGCUGGAACGACAAAACUUGCGGUGGUGGUCUGAAUUGGCAAAUUUACCAGUUCAACAACGGCUACACCUACCGGAACACCAUCUCGAACGGAUGCUAUUUCAACAUCGCUGCUCGCCUAUACAAGUACACCGGCAACGAGACCUACUCCAAGGAGGCUAUCAAGACUUGGAACUGGGAAUCGCGCGUUGGUCUCUUUGAUAAGGAUCUCCACUUCUACGACGGUAGUGACGAGGUCAAGAACUGCACUGAUGUCAACCAAAUCCAGUGGACCUACAACCUGGGUGUGCAUUUGUCAGGUGCUGCUGCCAUGUGGAAUGCUACCCAAGACGAGAUCUGGAAGACUAGAAUUACCCAAAUGAUUAAGACGAUGGGCGAUACCUUCUUUAAGAACGAUGUCAUGUACGAGGUCGCAUGCGAACUCAACGGCAAGUGCAACACCGAUCAAAGAUCUUUCAAGGCCUACCUGGCUCGCUGGAUGGGCUACACCAUGCUCGUCGCUCCCUUCACGAAGGACUUGAUGUGGACAAAGAUCCAGACUUCCGCAGCAGCCGCCGCAAAGCAGUGCAAUGCCGGCGCCGGUUCCCAAUGCGGCCUUCGGUGGUAUAAUGAUGGCCAAAACGAUGGUUCCACCGGUGUCGGAGAGCAGAUGGCCGCCAUGGAAAUCAUUCAAAACCUUCUGAUCACCAAUGUCUCUGGACCCGUUACGGAGACAAAGGGCGGUACCUCCAAGAGUGACCCUUCAGCUGGAGGUGAAGCCGAAAAUGACCCCAUUGUAUUCUCCGAGAUCACCACUGGCGACAAGGCUGGAGCUGGCUUCCUUACUACCAUUGUCCUCAUUGGUAUCCUUGCGGGUGCAUGGUGGAUGGUGGCAAACUAA